GGAGAAAUAUGCACCAAUUAAAUGGUAGAUGGCUUGAUUAACUGUGUUGGAUAUGUCUUCCAUCUCUCAAUCUUUCACUCUCAGCUACAGAGCUUUUUAGCAACAACAUGUAGUAUAUCAAUUCAACUUCUUAAACGAUUUAAAAAAGCCAAUAUGUGUUCUGCGGCAGACCACCCUUCCAUUGCGCUGCGGUUGCUGCAUCAGAAAUGUGGCCCAAAUGGUGUGUAUACUGUUCAGUUCUGGUGGCCUCAUUCAUAUUUUGGAGAAAUUCAUAAAGGCAGUUUGAUCUCGCAGUCAGAUAAGUCUAGAAAUGUUGAAUUUUCUUUAAUGGGGGUACUAUUUAUAGAUUCUGAAGUCUUCCAAAGAAAAAAGGGUUUUAUUGGGGGGAAUUCUAUGCUUUUCUUUUUCUCUGAUUGAAUCCUUAGCCGCGUGUUCUUUUCAUGAGCAUAAAUUCUCCAUUUUAUCUUGUCAAUUGAAUUCAACACCAUUAAUGAUUGAUGAAUGACCCUCCUCAUCAAUUUUCCCUAUAAAAGUCUCCACCCUCCAAUCUUUCUGGACUGUGCACUUAGACAUAAGAAAGUACCCCCACUACCUCCACUUCUACUUCUCAAAAUGCCCAUGUUCUCUUCUUGAGCCGUCUCUCACGUACGUCACAACUCAUUAGUCAUUUUUACAUAUGAAUUUUAUCCUCCAUGUAUCUCUUAUUCUUAUUUUUGGUCUGAUUCUAGUCCAGCGACAGCUUUAUUUGUUGAGGGAUCUUAGUCUUUCUAUACAUUUUUUUUUUCGUUUUUCUUUCGGCCUUUCAAGAAAAUAAUGGAGGCCCUCUUUUUGCAUUUGCCAUGCAAGGAACAACGAGGCAACAUAUAGACUAGUCUCUCAAGUCUUCCAGUUAUUUUGAGUUAAAUUUCUCCCUUAAAAUGCAGGACCAAUACAGUCGGGCAAAGCUCAACGCCUAGUGAUCCUCGGGGGAACUGGAAAGCAGUAGCCUAGCCUAGUCUCCUGAGACAUGAACCGGGGUUAAAAUAUUCUCCAUAAAAGGAGCAAACGAGGAAGAGUUUCUCUGACAUUUGGAUCAUGGAAGGUUCGCACGAUCCACCAUUCCAAGAGCAGUACAAUAGCUUGUUCAACAAAUCACCAGAUACAGGUCCCAAGUAUGCUAACGACUACGACCUUUUCAUCGUACAAGAGUGCGAGCUUCCGCUGAUCGAUCUUGCUCAGCUAAACUCGGGCGAGCUUGCCAGGGAGAGGUGCAAGAAGGAUAUAGCUAGAGCAUCCCAAGAAUGGGGUUUCUUCCAAGUAUUGAAUCAUGGGAUUUCUCGUGAAAUAUUGGACAAAAUGAGAUCAGAGCAAAUCAAGGCUUUCAAGAAACCAUUUCAUGAGAAGAUGAACGAAAGUGGUUUCGGCCUCUUGGCCGGCAGUUACCGUUGGGGGACGCCUUCAGCUACUUGCCUGAAGCAGUUGGCUUGGUCGGAAGCUUUUCACGUACCUCUCAAUGCUAUCUCAGGUUUAGGUGGUCGCAGUAGUCUCAGCUCAACAAUGGAAAAAUUUGCCAAAACAAUGUCUGAGCUAGCACAUAAGCUAGCAGAGAUUUUGGCAGAAAAUAUGGGUCAUAAGUCGACAUUCUUCAGGCAAACAUGUUUGCCAAGCACCUGCUAUCUUCGAAUGAAUCGAUAUCCACCGUGUCCCAUAUCUCCUCGAGUGUACGGCUUGAUGCCUCACACCGAUAGCGAUUUCAUCACAGUACUGCACCAAGAUCAGAUUGGAGGAUUGCAAUUAGUGAAGGAUGGCAAGUGGAUUUCUGUUAAACCCAAUCCUGAAGCCUUAAUCAUCAAUAUUGGAGAUUUGUUUCAGGCAUGGAGCAAUGGUGUGUAUAAAAGUGUUGAACACAGGGUUGUGACCAAUAUGCUAAAGGAGAGGUAUUCCAUUGCAUUUUUCUUGUGUCCGUCCUAUGAAACUACAAUCAAGAGCUGCGUGGAUCCUUCAGUUUACAGAAAAUUUAGCUUUAGGGAGUACAGAGAUCAGGUUCAAGAGGACGUCAAAAAGUUCGGUUACAAAGUAGGUCUGACUAGAUUUCUCGUAUGAUUGUAACUACAAAUCUAGUCAAUCCAGUCAUAGAGUACUAUAUUUUUCUUGCUCAAGAAAGCCCAAGAAGAAAAGAAAGUAAAAAGAGGAAAAAAUCCUUAUAAUAUGCAAAGUGUGAGGUAAGGCAUUACUGAGUAAGAAGUCCUUCAUUAUGUGCCUUGUUUGGUAGGUGUUAUGAGGUGGAAUUAAUUUCCUGCCUUCUUCUAUUAAAUGUACAAAGUUUUGCUCAUUAUAUAUCCUUCGAGCAUGUAAUUAAUGCUCUAUAGCCAGGAAAGAAAAAAGGUAGUAUGUACUAGUUUGUUGUCCCUAUAAA